AUGCUCAAUACCACAGGAAAGCGAGCUGGUUGGGACCCCAGCCAGCAAACCUCCUGGGCUCGAAGACAUGGCUCCACGGGCGAAAUCAAGCUCGGUGGAAGACCAGUGAUGGUCAACAACAGGACCACCAGCAACCAGGCCCGACCUUUCCAUGUCAAUCGUUUCCCCGGUUCUUCGUCUUUCCUUAGUGAUAUCAGCAACGACGAGGGGCAGAUAUUCGAGGCAAACCCAAGGGGUAUCACAGUAUUGCAACCCGGCUUAGGGAUCCCAAAGUCUCGGACAUUCAGCGUUAUCUCCAAUCUUACUCAAUCCUUUUCCCAUGGCUCCAUUGCCCGUCAGAGGACCAGCCGCAACGUCAGCGGUGAGCCUCGCCACCAGGCUAUUAACCUCCAACCCGUCCCUCGGCGUACUCUGAACGCGAAAACCCAACAAGAUUCAACUUAUGCAACGCCAGCAACACCGACUUUGCCUCCCGGCCAGUCUAGCAACAUUGAGGAAGUCUCAACAGCCAUGCCACCGCAAUACUGGGCCGGCCGUUUCAUGGCAUUGCACGACCGCUUCCACAACGAGCUACUCGAGCCUCACCACCUCACUCAGAUCUGCGAAACCCAAGCGGCCCAUCCACUCGCCGAUUUCACACGCCCGGCGUCAGCCGCAACCCAAAACAACCCAUCGACUUCCGCCUACGCCAUCACCCGAUCGACCGCGAACCAAGUCAGUCCUUCAAGGCAGCCAAGCCGCAGGCGACUCCCCCAGUCUGCUACGAGCGGUGCCAUCUUGCAAAGCACAUCUUACAACACGCAACCCGAUCCGUCCUCUGAUCUCCACGCUGUAUCAACACUCUCUCCAGUCCACAAACCCGCUACCACAACCUCCUACCGCCGCCGACACAACCAAUACCACCUCCCAACAACGGACGAAAACUCCAUCCCCGAGCAUUCUCCUGCUCCCACCACCACAACCACAACCAACUCCAACAAGACCACCACCACCGCCCCAUCACAAACAGCACCAACAACAACAACAACAACAACAACAAAACACACGCACAACACAGGUACGCAUCACCGCAUCGUAGCCACGCACCUCGCCGACGACGACGAGUCCCGCGUGCGCCGCGUGCUGCUGCGCCUGGAGUUCAUGUGCACGACCGACGCCGCGCGUGUGUCGCUGCGCCAGUGGCAGGGGACGUAUGCGCGGCGGACGGGGAGGGCGGAGUUUUUGCCGGAUGCGGAUCUUAGUGUUGCUGUUGGGGGUGGUGGUGUUGCUGCUACUGGA